AAAGGUAUGAAUUAAAUAUCGGGGAAGGGGCAGCUGAUAAGUCGUGCAGAGACGUCUGACGCGCAGCACAGUCCCGGUGGGCUUGCAAGCAGCCGGCCAGGGAGAAGCCGGACACAGAGGGGGAGGGAUCGACCCCCGGCCGAUAGCGCGGCCGAUGAGAAGGGGUCUCACUGAGCUGAUAGAGCAGCCCGCUAGCGACUCAGGGGGUGAGUCGAGUGAACCCUUGUUUUGCUGCUAUUUUGUGUGAAUGCUAAGUCCGGACACGUUGAGUCAUUGAGUAUGAUCAGUGAGUGAGUGAGAGACGCACCAGAGGUGCGGAGCGAUUGUGGAGCUCUAUCCGCGUUUCUGACCUCGGGCGACUGAGGCGGCCGGAGAAAGGCAAAGCGACUGGAGUCAGUGUGGGGCAAACCCAAAUGUGAACGAGGGGCGUUAUGUUUGAGUGGGAAGCGGUUAACAUUUGUUCCAACCGUGGACAGACAAAUUGAUGGAGUCUCUCCUCAGCAGUGGUUUGGGCUUGAUCCCUGGGAAUCGAUUGACCCAGUGAAUUAUUGGCUAGGAAGAGGGAAUAAACGGGUCUAUCUAGGAAGAAUAUACAGAACUUCUGCAGGGAGAUUGGUGGCCUUGGACUGGGAAUAACCUGGAGUACAGACCUUAAGUAUUCCAGGGGAGGUGAAUGGGAUAGCCUGUUCUUGUGGGAGACUUAGAGCUGUCAGAGAAUCAGGACAUUGGCAUCUGGCAUGGGUAUUAUUGCAGUGUAGAGAUUGUGAAAAAUGUUGGUAUUGUUACUCUAAUAACCAGCAGGGCAUAUGCCCCCUGUGUAAGCUGAAAUAUUAUCGUAAUCAGGUUGACGUUGAACCUAAAACUUUGAAGGUUGCAUGUGGAAAGUCACAUUGUGUGCCUGCAAAUUGGGGCUGUGUGUGGGAAGAUAAUUGGGAAGUGACUCCGAAAUUGUGUGAGGAAAAGUUUGGGCGAAAACGGGACGGAACAAGGAGGAGGAGAUAAUGGGUAUUGAACAAAGCAAAGAGAUCCCCAAAGCGAGUCCGCUAGGUUGUAUUAUUGCACAUUGGAAAAAUAUUGCUGGACGUGGGGGAACUGAGAACAAGAGAGAUCUUAUCAGAUUUUGCAGAGAUUGGUGGCCAAUCUAUAAAUUGGAUGAUGGAGCGAGGUCGCCACCUAGCGGAAGUUUGGAUUAUAACACGCUAUUGCAACUCAUGCUAUUUCUCAGGAGAGAAGGCAAGUGGACGGAGGUGUCAUAUGCCGAUAUGUUUUUCUCCCUUCGAAAUCACCCCGAAUGGCAGAGGGAUUGUGGGAUCAGGGUUCCAUCUGACCCUCUGGUGCUAGCCCUGGAGAAAGAGAAUAAGACUAAGAGAGGAGGGCUUAAACGGUGUUGUUCAGCAUGUAGCAUAGGGCAAAGAUGUACAAAAUCAGACAAGGUUUACCAAACUGUGGCCCAGGAACAAGACCUGGUAGAUGAUUUGCUUAAGCCUCCCCACAUAAGACAAGAAAGGGAUGAGGAGGAGGAUGUAGACUCAGAGGGUGCAGACACUUUCCCGAUUGCACACCGGACUAGACAACAGACACACAUAUUACAGGCACCUCUGCGUGAGGCAGUGGGAGCAGAGGGAGGAGUGGUAUUAGUUAAAGUUCCCUUCUCCACAAUUGAUUUGGAAGCAUGGGAAAAGGUCGCUAAAAACUAUCGCAGUGAUCCAGUUAACACAGCCAAACGUCUGCGAUAUAUAAUAAAACAACACAAUCCAGAUUGGAGCAAUAUGCAGUUAUUAUUGGAUGCACUGACUGAGACAGAAAAACAAUUAAUCAUAAAAACAGCAGGGGAUCUGGCAGAGGAUUAUUAUAAAACCCAACAGCUGGAUGUGAAAGAUUAUUUCCCACUCCAAAACCCACAGUGGGAUCCAAACAGAACAGCAGAAUUGAAAAAAUUGGAAAGCUAUCAGGAGUGGACUGCAAAGGGGAUGGAAAGAGCCAUUCCCAAAACAAUAAAUUGGUCAGCCUUAUAUGCAAUCAAACAGGGGCCCUCUGAGUCGCCAUCUGAAUUCCUUGAGAAAUUAAGAGAUGCCAUGCGUCGUCACACAUCACUGGACCCUGGGUCUGAAGUAGGGAUACAGCAGCUAGUUAAUCUAUUCCUAGGGCAGUCUACAGGUGACAUAAGGCGUAAACUUCAAAAGCUUCGAGGAACAGAUGGGAGGAACUUAGAGACUUUGUUAGAUGAGGCGUGGAGAGUCUUUAGUAACCGGGAAGAAGGAUAUAAACAAGGAAUGAGGAAGCUUGUAGCUGUUGUAAGUGAGAGAGAGAGGGGAAAACGUGGGCAGAGACCACCUAGGCAAGGCCCGUCCCGGCUGGGCAGAGACCAGUGUGCGAUCUGUAAGAAAUAUGGUCACUGGAAAAAUCAAUGCCCAGAACAAAGACGAGGUGGCUUUCAGGACAAGGGAAACCGAGAGAAAGGAAAGGUGACUGCAUAUGUGGAAGAAGACUGAGGAGGACCGGUAGAUCUCACCCCAGAAGAUCCACUGGUUAUAAAAUUGGAACUGGGGGAAAAAGGGAAAGAAGUAGAAUUCCUGGUUGACACAGGAGCAACGUAUUCAGCCUUAAAUAAGACUUUGGCACCUGUGGGGAAGAAUUAUGUUACAGUGAUAGGAGGAACUGGCCAACCUGAAAAAGCAUAUUUUUGUAAACCAUUAAAGUAUAAGCUUGGAAAGCAAUGGGGCAUUCAUAAAUUCCUAUAUCUGCCCAGCUCCCCGAGACACCUUUUGGGGAAGAGCCUUGCUAGAACGAUUACAAGUAACCAUUAAAUUUAAAAAUGGGGAGGUCACUCUGGAGGUAAAUGAUGAACAAUAUAUAGAGGCAUUAAGUUUAAUGUUGAUAACCGUUCAGACAGAGGGGGAAAUUAGCGAAGAAAUAAUAAAUCAAGUGUUUCCUGGAGUAUGGGCCUCCAAUGUACCAGGGAGAGCGAAAAAUGCACUUCCUAUAUUAAUCAAACUUAAGGAAGGGAAACAACCCGUUAGAAUUAAACAGUAUCCCCUGAAGAAGGAAGAUAGGGAAGGAAUUAGUCCCGUAAUUGAAAACUUUUUGCAAUUAGGGCUGUUAAAGGAGUGCUUGUCUGAGUUCAACACUCCCAUUUUGCCAGUCCGGAAACAUGAUGGAUCAUACCGGAUAGUACAGGAUUUAAGGGCUGUUAACAAAAUAACUGAGGACCUCUAUCCUGUGGUAGCAAAUCCAUACACUCUGUUAACAUGCCUAACACCUGAGUCAACUUGGUUUACUGUUUUAGACUUGAAAGAUGCCUUCUUUUGCCUCCCUAUCCAUGAGGACAGCCAGAAAAUUUUUGCAUUUGAAUGGGAAAACCCCAAAAGCGGGCGCAAAUCCCAGCUCACACGGUCAGUUCUACCUCAAGGUUUCAAGAACUCUCCCACUCUGUUUGGGGAGCAACUUGCCAAAGAUCUGGAAUCCUGGGAGGCUCCCCCGGAAGAGGGAAAGUUACUGCAGUACGUGGACGACAUCCUCAUAGCUACCCGGACGAAAGAGGCAUGCAUAGCCUGGACAGAACAGAAACCUCCAGUGGACAAAAGAGGCCACGCAAGCCUUUCAUCAGCUGAAGAAUGCUCUAAUGUCAGCCCCAGCUCUUGGACUCCCGAAUUGUCUGCAGUCCUGGAAGUAAAGGGCGGGCACUGGCUUUCCCCACAAAGGUUCCUGAAAUAUCAAGCCAUCAUGGUAGAACAAGACGACGUAGAGAUAGUUGUAACUAACAUUAUCAACCCAGCUUCUUUCCUCAGUGGGAAUCAAGGGGAGCCAGUACACCACGACUGCUUGGAGACCAUCGAAACCUCCUACUCCAGCUGCCCGGAUCUGAAGGACACCCCUUUGGAUGACGCAGAAACCUGGUUCACUGAUGGGAGCAGCUACAUCAUCAGUGGAAAGCGACAUGCUGGGUAUGCAGUUACCACCUGCAGAGAGGUAAUAGAAUCUGGACCCUUGCCAACAGAUACCUCUGCACAAAAGGCUGAGAUAAUCGCUCUAACCCAUGCUCUAGAGAUCGCGAAAGGAAAGAAAGUAAACAUUUAUACAGACUCGAGAUAUGCAUUUGGGGUUGUACACGCACAUGGAGCCAUUUGGAAAGAAAGGGGACUGUUAAACUCACAAGGGAAAAACAUCAAGCAUUCUCAGGAAAUAUUGCGGCUACUGGAAGCAGUCCAGCUACCUGAGCAGGUAGCAAUUAUGCACAUCAAGGCACACCAGAAGGUGAGCUCUGAAUUGGAGGAAGGAAACAAGCUGGCGGACAGAGAGGCAAAAGAAGCAGCAAAAGGUGAGAUAACGAUCGAGGGAGCCUUAAUUCCUGAUGGACAGGUCUCCCUGGAAGGUGUGGGAGAUUAG